GUGCGCAUGAGUUGUACGUCGCAAUCAGCUGUUAAUUGAAGGGAUCUUUCAUAGGAGGUCUACAAGAGGUAGAGGGUCAGAGAGAAAAUGAACUUCACAACAAAUGCUACUAAAAACGCCAAUAAGGCUUUCUGGCCAGGAUUUUAUACUUACAUCGCUAACAUUCGUUAUGUAUUCGCGGUCAUGGAAAUUCUUCUUACACCCAUCAUCGUGUCCGCCAAUAUACUUUUGAUUGUCUCAAUCCUGAGCAAUAAAACACUCAGACGGGAAUUUCGCUACCUCGUGAUGAUAAGUAUUGCUUUAGCUGACCUUCUCAUAGGACUCAUCUCGUGCCCAUUCCGAGCUGACAUGGUCUUAAAGUCGACAUACCAACAUGGGUGCUUGUUCUACCUGUUCAUGACAGUGACGGAGUCAUAUGUCCAGAUCUUUGUUGGAAUGUGGGGUAUUGUUACCAUUAAUUUAGAUUACCUGCUAACAUUAUUUCAUGUCAAACGACCACAGCUGAAGACGUUCCCAAGGAAUUUUGUUAUUGCAGUGAUUCUCGGUUUGCCAUGGUUAGCGAUGUUCUUCGUUGUGUUACCAAUAGCAUAUUUACAUGCUAAGGAAUACUUUGCACCUUUCCGCUAUUGUCGUCUCAUUAUUCCAUAUGAUGCCCGACAGAUCGUGAUGUCUCUCACGUUUAUCGCCCCUGCGAUUAUUACCGUCGUCCAAGUGACCAUCAUGACAUCAGUACACCUCUAUCGACAAAGGACCGGAAGUGGCAUGCCUUCUUUGAUGACUUCACCGGAAGCGGUUCCGUUGCCAUGGACAUAUGUUGCUGGAAGCUUGGUUACUGUCAUUAUGGUUGGUUUUGAACAAUGCAUCAACAUGGCGCAGAGGGCGUUUAUCCAGGCUUUAAUGCCCCAGUAUAAAAUAAUAUUUUUCAUGAAACACAGCAGUCAUUUCCUGUCGGAUUCAAAAUCAGGAGUGACGCCGAUUGUUUGGUUUACUAUUCCCGAAUUAAGAGCGGCAUUCAUAGAGCUUGUGAACAAAUUGCCAUGGAGACGAAGACUCAGGCGUUCCGACGAUGCUAAAGAACAAACGGUUCGUUACAGAAAUUUGUGCGAAGAUACAUCAAUGCCUUAAGUUCGUCUGCUGGUGUGUGUUUCUGUUCACUGCGCAACUUGAACUGUUGUGAAGACAAUUUGCUACAACUAUCAACAAACAGUCCAAUGACAAACUGCAGAAUGGCCUAUGAGAUCAUUCAAUGAUGAACACGUUUCUUUACGUUACAAUACUGUAUCACAUUAUCACUGGAGUGAAGCCCCACGUUAUAAAUUGAGUGAAAUACGUAAAUGUUCAGAAACCUUUUAGAGAAAGUUUUUUCUUAGUUUUUUCUUGAAAUUUCAAGAUACUAAGUUGAAAUAUCAUCUUAGUUUUUUCUUGAAAUUUCAAGAUACUAACUUGACAUUUCAAAUUAUAAUCUUAAGAUUUUAUGUUAUUAUCUUGAAAUUUCAACUGAGUAUCUUGAAUUUGAAACAUAACGUCUUGAAAUUUCAAGAUAAAUAAAACAAACAACAACAAAUGGCCAUAAAGCCUAAGGAAGCCCCUUAGGGCCAUUUGUUAUUUUCUUUUUUUUCUUGAAAUUUCAAGAUAGUAAUUUGAAUUUUCAAGAUUGUAGCUUGAAAUUUCAAGAUACCAAGUUGAAAUUUCAAGAUGUUUUGUUGAAUUUUCAAGAUACAUACUAAGUUGAAAUUUCAAGAUAAUGAUUUUGAAAUUUCAAGAUAAUAAGUUAUUAUCUUGAUUUUUUAAUAUCAUUAUCUCGAAAUUUUAACUUAUGUUUCUUGAAAUUUAAACUUUUCAAAAGUAUAAUUGGGUGUUGAGUGUGACAGACACUGAUCCACGAUCAGUUUAAUGUGUGAAUAAAGUCGAUUUGAAGAAGUGUUAUAUUUAGAGGUUAUUAUAUACAGUUUUCAUAUCAUACCCCGUAUCAGUCCGAGACCCCAAUAACAGCCCUCUGGCCUUUGUUUCUGAUAUGGAGUAUGAUAUGAAAACUGCCAUAUAGUAACCUUUUUCUCAUAAACCAUUACAUCAAACUGUUAUUGUAUCUAUUUGCAAGUGAAUGCAAUAAAUGUUCACCUUGUUUGGAAGACAUUGUCACGGGAAAGCUAGCUGAGCAGAAGACGCAAAAAGGGGCGUAACUAUAUUACAAAUAGGGCUUAAUAUCGUCACCCUUUCAAAAUGCAUUGACUAGCCGGGUACCACCCGGUCUUCCAACACUGUGCCCAACUUGGGGUAUAGAGGAGUAAGGGAUAAGUGUAUAGUCUGUAUUAAACUGUGUCCAGCUUUUCAAAGAAAACUAAAAUAAAUAGUGUAUCACUAUUACCUUGUCAAGGUAGACACAAUUUUAUGGAUAACAACUUCUUUAAGAUUGUAAAAAGCGACGUUUCGGUAUAGAUCCUUAUACCGUUGUCAAGCAAGACU